AAUUGACGAGCGCCUGAUUCCACAGCGUUGUGACACGUACUAUGACCUCCGAGCGUGCAUCAGAAUAACACCGAGUUACCAUCAGAAUACUGACACUAGGGCAUGGAUCAAGAGGACAACUGGCGUUUGCUGACAGUCUGCCGCCGGCUUCCGGUUUGCGAUGAGUCUCCGUCAGACGAGACCGACCUUGAACCCAAGGUCAACAAAGACGCAAUAUUAAGCCCAACUCGGCAACAGCUGAACCACGGUAAGGGCAAUGACGUCAUUAAGCGAGAAGAUGCCUUGCGUUUGCUGCCAGGUUUUAAACAAUUCCCACUUCUCGAGUCUCUUGUACACCCGUUUCACCAAUACCACCAGCAGUUCAAGGACAAAUGUACACAAACCGGAAGUGACGAUAGUGUGUACAACGCAGCGCGGAACAUCCCUAAUGGCGGCUCCUCGGAGUUUGGGACCAAUCAGCUCUGCGCCGCAAUGUCGUCUGUGGUGACGUGGGAUGGUCGCACCGAGCGACAUGAUCGUGUCUGGCUGGAGACACAAGAAACAAUAUGGCGUCAGUCCCAAGGGACGCCACCAGGAGGACGCACGGGAAAAGCCGAAGCUCCACUUGGAAUCACAUCGGAGCCGAUAGAAACUGGUGCAUCAUCGAACAGGCUCAAAACAGGACAGAAAGAAACUUGUGCAACGUCGUUUUAUAAGCUCUAUUCAGAUGAAAAUCGUGCAAACUCAGACAUGUUCUAUUCAGAUGAUACUCCUUCAAAGUCACAAAAGUUCUGUUCAGAUGACACUCAUACAAAGCUAGAAAAGUUACAUUUAGAUGAUACUCCUUCAAAGUCAGAAAGGCUCUAUUCAGAUGAAACUUGUGCAAAGUCAGACGAGUUUUAUUCAGAUGAAAAUCUUGCAACGCCAUAUUGUAAAUUCCAUUCAGAUGAAAAUCGUGCAACGUCAGACAUUUUCUAUUCAGAUGAAACUCGUGCAAGCAAUGCUACAUCACUUAGUUUCCAUCACACAGAGGGGACGGAAAAAAUAUGUGAAACAUCAGAUAGGACCCUCGCUGAAGAUCUAAAUAUUAUGUUCAACACUGAAAACAUAGACACGAACGUCGAUCUCUCAGACUAUAAUAAUGUUAGUGAAAUGUGUGCGAGCAUCAAGACUGUGGGCAAACUCCGACCAUCUGUCGUGUGGAAGAGAGGCCCAUUGCCGAGCCUGGGGUCUGGGCCAAAGUCCGAGGGGGGAAAAGUAGGGGAUGGGUCAUGGCCGGACUACUGGACACAGGUCAAGCUACUGGUCAACGGCUUUGCCUCGGAGACCACUGCGCAUGGAUACAAGAGGACUAUUUGCGCAGAACGUAGCAGAACUCUGAGACUGGUGUGGCUUGCUGCUAUACUGGGUGUGGCCUCCCUGGUCAUCUUUGAACUGGUCCAGGUGAUGAGACAACGGCAGACCUACAGUUUUUCAAGCAGCAUUAGGUCCCAGCCAGAGGAACGCCUGCCUUUUCCCGCCGUGACUGUGUGUAAUCUGAACCCGUACAACCCAGCACAGAUAGCCGACAGUCUAGCUGCCAACCACUCCGCUGUGCUGAGGGGCUUUUUGCGGGAGGUGGUGAGUCUUGGCCGGAUCCAGUGGAGCAACCAAUCAGAGGCCGCUCUGCGUCCGUUCACGACACGUGACCUCAGUCAGCUGACCGGCUGGACAGUGGCCAGUUUCCUCAAGGUCUGUGACUGGCAGGGUCAGGCCCUGGACUGCUCCAACGUGUUCCAGAGGAAACAUAGGAGGUCAGCUAGGCCUGUUGACCGGCGCCAGCGUGUUGACUGUCCUCGAGUUCCUGGAACUGACCGCUCUCUUAGCCUGGCUGACCAUGAAAAGGGCGGCUGGCGGGGGGACUUUCAGACGGGCGAGACAGCGUCUUCUCACACUGUUCAGACGACGAAUCAGCCCAGGCAGGCGUUGGUGGGGUGGACAGCGGUCAACUGGUGUUAGCGGACACAGGUGUUGGGAACGUGGGGAUGAGGACUUGUUCUACAAUAUUGUGUGAGCUGAUCAACUUGUAUGUCUGUCUGUCCCUGUGGUUUUAUGCCCCCCGCAUAAUUUAGCAAAAUUUGAUCAUUUUUUU